CUUCAGUGAAUGUUUCUCGUCUGCUAAAAAUCCACGCUCACACCUCGUAGAGCCCCAAAGAGAAGCUAAAGGCCCCAGUGCUCCCGCUACGCUACCGUGACACACGCAAAAUUGCUUUGCAUAGCUCUAUAUACGUAUGGAGCAAUCCAUAUAGAUAAGGCGGGCUACUGCCCUUGUGGCUCCUGGUAGCUCUUCGGCGACAGCUCUCCACAUGGCGAGGCGCUGGAGCAAACGCUACGCGCCGCGCAUACUAGUUCAGCUUGGCGCGCUGCUAUGCUGGCUUAUAGCAACUGCUCAUGGGCAACAGGACUUGCAGUUUCCGCUUCAGCAGUCAUGCCCCACGACUAAAUACUUUGACGCGGCGAAGUUGACGUGCCGCGACUGCCCAUCGAACACGUUUCCCGACAGCGAGCAGCUCGCCUGCAUCAACUGCGAUGGCAGCGCGGGCUCCGCAUACAACUUCGCCUCCGGCUUCUCCGCCCUGUCAAACUGGUCGCCGGCGCUCUUGCAGUCGUCCACCACGUGCGCAUGCGCGGUGCCGCCCGCAAACUCCACAACGGUCAUCAACCAGGUCGCGUCGUCGGGGACGGUGUACCAGCGCUGCAUCGUGUGCCCGGCCAACACGGUUGCAAACUCCGUGGGGCAGUGCGUGCCGACCAACGGGCUGUCGUUGCCGCUCACGCCGUCGGAAAUGCUAACGCGGGCGAUGCAGGCCGUCGGGUUCUCCAUGAGUGUGGCGCAGGCGACGCAGGCGUUCAUACAAGUGCCCACCGCCAGCGGUGUGGGCACCCUGACGCUCACCAUCUCCGCCAGUGAGCCGCUGGCCACACUGCUGGGCCCGGCCGCCUACAACUGCAGGUUUGGUCUGGGCGCGGACAAGGCGGCCUGCAAUGCAGUAGCCAACCUGUGCGCCCUGGUCAUGUACGACGAGACCUCCGCCGCCUGCCGGCUCUACAACGGCCUCGUCACCCAGUUCGCGGCGGCCGGCGGCGGCCUGUCCUCGCCACCGCCGCCGCCGCCCGCGCCGCGCGGCACCGGCGCCCCCUCCGCGGUGCGGCGCAACGUGUGGCGGCCCGAGACCGGCGCCAUGCCCUGGCUGCUCUACACGGGGCUGGGCUACACGGACGACCCAAACAUGGACCUGCAGGUCCAGUUCUCCGGCGGCAGCAUCGCCAGCGGCCAGGUGUCGGUGCUGACCUUCAUCCUGUCCGCCUACGCGCUCAACGGCACCUGGCUGGGCUACAACACCUGGAGCAGCCAGUUCCAGCUGUGCGGGGCGCCGGAGCUGGACGGCAGCAGGUGGAGCCGGUUCGGUUGGAACUACCUGAACGACUGCGACAUCGACCUGACGGCGGUGCUGGGGCAGCUGGCGGACGGCUUCACGGGCGGCGGCGACACGGUCUUGUACGAGCUGUUCCUGCAGACCGGCACCAGCACCAUGUACCCCAUCCCCGUCAAGAUCUCCAACAAGGACGAGCUGGACGGCAACUUGCUGGAGGACCAGGGCGCUGUGCGGCGCUUCUUCUUCCUGGACCAGCGGCUGGGCUACAGCAGUCAGUCGCGCAGCCUACAGGCCGUGCAGUACCCGGUCACUAUGUCACUGCAGGUCAUUCUGAGGAGCAGCCCGCGCGACCAGAUCUACGUGCCGCAGCUGUUCAUCACCUACUCGGGCUGGCAGACCGACACCACCUCCACCGUCAACAUGGACUCCUCCGCCUCCGGCGAGCAGCGCUACACCUCCUUUGCCGUCACCUACAGCAACGACCAAGACCUGGUCGACAAGUUCUGGUGGGCACCCGCGCGGCGGCCCGGCCCUGACUUCUUGGUGUACGCGGGUGUGGUGAUCGCGGACUACGGCUCCUUCGCGCUGGCCAUGGUGCUGCUGACCGUGUCGCUCUACUACCUCACACUGUACAAGCUGCAGGAGGAGGUGUACUACCUGAUGCUGACUGACGGGCAGCUGUACAACUUCAAGAUCACAGUCAUUCUGGCCAUUGUGGGACAGAGCCUGGGCAUGCUGUGGAUGCUGUGGGGCCAGAUCCGCACUGACAUCUUCUUCAUCGACUGGGAGAAGUCGCGCAAGGUGCUCAGCAAGGAGGGCUCCCGCGAGGAGAACUCGCCCGUCAGCUGCUGGCGCAUGCUCAUGGUGGCCAACGAGUUCAACGAGCUGCAGACGGUGCGGAUCACCUCGCCCGCGUUCACACUGCUCAUGGUGACGCUCAUCCUGGACGGCUGCAACGUGAUCGCCGCCGGCUACAUCACACCCGACGCCAACGACUACCACCACUACUGGGGAGUCACCACCUCCAUCAUCCUGCGAUUCGGCAUCGAGGCCUUCUGCUUCCUCAUCCUAUUCCUAGGACAGUACAUCUUCCGGCGCCUGCUGUACUUCCCGUACGUGGCCAACCCCGUGACCCAGUUCGUGGACCUCAUGUUCCUGGCCAACAUCUCCACAGUCAUAUUCGACGACACCCACUCCGGCUACUACAUCCACGGCCGCAACCAGGCGCAGCACUCGGACGCCACGCUCCGGGACCUGAACCAGGAGCUGCUCAAGGAGGAGGAGGGCCUCACCGCACAGCGCGGCCUGGUGUCGGGGGCGUCCAACCCCAAGCUGGCAGACAACCAGCUGUUCCAGUUGUACGUGACGGACGCGAUCCGCAAGACGUACGACGCGAAGAUGCUGCAGCUGGUGCAGCAGGCCACCAACGACGCGCGCAACCGCAAGGGCAUGAUCUCCACCUUCCUGCGCGGCGCGGGGCGGCAGCGCGACAACGUGCUGUCGGCGCAGCAGGAGAUCUCGCUGCUGUUCAAACAGAUGGUGGACGACGUGGAGAGGAACGCCGCCACGCAGGUGACGGACCCCACCUACCUCCAGAUGGUGCUGGACCUGCCGCCCGACUCGGCGCUGAACAACACGGCCAUGGUGCACGACCACCUGGACGCCUUCACACGCACCAUGUUCAUCGGCUGCGAGGUGCGGCUGUUCGUGUUCGAGGCGCUGUUCUUCUGCGCCAUCGACAUGUCCAUCAAGUCCGUGGCCAUCAGCGCGCUCAUCACCUACGUCAUGUGGCGCGCCGUCAAGUGGUUCCGCGACAGCUGGGGCGAGGACAACAUCUCAUCCAAGACGCUGGUGGACAGGCACUUCCUCAUCUAGAGCUGGACAGGCACUUCCUUGUCCAGAGGCACGUGCAUCUUGUCACACCUGCAGGGCGUGCCUGAAGGGGGAGACGCGCGCGCUUGCGGACAGGGCUGGGGGGCAUUGGGGGUGGCGCCGAGACGCGGAGACGCACAGCUGGUUGGGCAUCUGCUUCCCUGGCAUUGCCAUCUUCGUGUUGUCCGGGAACGCGCACGUCCUUGGGAGCUAGCGACCGUGUGUGUGACAGGGUUGCGUAUGGGAGCUGGCUUCAGGUUGGCGCUGGGGUGUAGCUGCGUUCGGUGCCGGGGUGCGCGGUGUGGCGGGGUGGCGGCGCCUCGUGUGGGUGGGCACAGCGGUUGCCUGGUGUGCAUGGGGCAAACGCACCGCGCAAGAGGUGGUGGAAGAAGGUGGUGAGGAGUGAGCUGAAUAGCAGGGCGCUGCCCGGUUCUAUAGCGUAAGACGCGUGGUGGGUGAGGGCUAGGCGUCAGCGGAGCACCCAUGGUGAGCCGGCAUGGUGGGUGUUUUGGUACGCGCGCAUUUGUGAGACCACUGGGGGCGAGCGUGCAAAUGGCUGCCAUUGCAGCAGUAAUUUAUUCGACACCAUGCGCAUGGGACAAAGACACCAUCGUGUCGAGAAUUCUCUUUUGUAACUGUCAAGUGUGCUGCAGCGUGUGUGCAGAGCCUGGAGGACAGGGCGCUUGUCCUGUCCUCAGAAGCCGUCCGGCCUAGGUCCGUGUCGUGCUAGAUAGGUUGAUCCUGUCUGAGCGCUAGCCCUCUUGCGCCGUGCUGAGUGGUAGUAUGUCCUAGGCGCAACCGCGCAAGCACAACACAUUGCGUGUGGGGACGCUGCGUUGGCGAGAGCCACGGAUGGCCCUACUACACCAUGGGCGCAUGUCACACCCGUGGAGGACACUGUAAGAAAGAACCUGA